AUGCCAUAUCGUGAAAAUAGGAAUGCAAGUUCUGCUGGUGGAAUGAUGAGAUCUGUGCCAAAGUCCAGGAACCAAGUUGAAAUUCAAGUUGGCUUGAUUGGUGAUGCACAAGUGGGGAAGACUUCGUUGAUGGUUAAAUAUGUACAGAAUAUUUUUAAUGAAGAGUAUACACAGACUUUAGGAGUUAAUUUUUUGAAAAGAACUGUUAGUGUACGAUCAACAGAUAUUGUAUUUUCACUUUUGGAUUUAGGUGGACAGAAGGAGUUUAUUAAUAUGCUACCAAUUGCAACAGUUGGGUCCGCUGCAAUUGUAUUUUUAUUUGAUUUAACUAGACCUGAAACAUUGAAUUCUAUCAAAAAUUGGUAUAGGCAAGCAAAUGGUUUAAAUGAAAUGGCAAUACCGAUAUUAGUAGGUACAAAAUAUGAUUUAUUUAUAAAUUUAGAUAAAGAGCAUCAGGACUCCAUUUCAAGAUUGAGUAUGGAAAUUGCUCAAGUAAUGGAUUCACCUCUGGUAUUUUGCUCAACCUCGAAAUCGAUAAACGUACAAAAAAUAUUUAAAAUUGCAUUAUCAAAAAUAUUCAACUUAACGUUAACUAUUCCAGAAAUUAAUGAAAUUGGUGAUCCUCUGCUAAUAUAUAAAACUUUAGGUAAUAACUUCAAUAAUAACAGAUCGCAUAACAGUAGCCCCAUCAGAACCAAUAACAAUAAUAACAGUAAUAACGAUACUAAUAGUAACAAUGACGGUAAUAGCAAUACUGUCAACAACAAUAACUAUUCCGCAUUAGAUAAUUCAAAUUACCCUAAUCCAACUGCAUCCGAACAUUUAAAUAGAAUAAAAAACCUGCAUCAGUGUCUUCGACACGCUCAACUUCGUUGUCUUCGAGUGGUUUAA